CCUUAUCUGCACAAGACACAAAGAGGUUACCAGAAAAUAAAAUAAAAAAAGUGAAUCUCAAAUUUGCGCCACUCGUAACACGCACCCCUAUCUCUUUGGCAAAAGCCACUUCACUCUAUCAUCUCCCCUUUACACACACAAAACCUCUUUUUUUUUAUUCUUGUUUUUGAUUUUUGUUUUCUUUAAAGAAUAAAAAAAUCCUAAAUUAUUAAUCCCCUCUCUCUUCAUAUUUGUCAACUCUUUCUUUGCCAUUUGUUACAAACACUCACGUCUCCUGAAUCACAGAGUUAAGUCUUCUUCAAGUCUAGGGAUCCAACAAGCUUCAAAGAAAAUGGCGCAGAUCUUGGCAGCUUCACCAACAUGUCAAAUGAGAGUCACUAAACCGAGCUCCAUUGCAUCCUCCAAGCUAUGGAGCUCUGUUAUGGUGAAACAAAAGAAACAGAGCCGCUCUACUAGCUUUAGAGUGAUGGCUCUCCAAUCUGAUAACAGUACAAUCAAUAGAGUUGAGAGCCUUCUCAAUCUAGACACCAAACCUUUCACUGACCGGAUCAUCGCUGAGUACAUUUGGAUUGGAGGAUCUGGAAUUGACCUUAGAAGCAAGUCAAGGACUCUUGAAAAGCCUGUGGAAGAUCCUUCUGAGCUUCCCAAGUGGAACUAUGAUGGUUCGAGCACAGGACAAGCACCUGGUGAAGAUAGUGAAGUGAUUCUAUAUCCUCAAGCUAUCUUCAGAGAUCCUUUCCGCGGAGGCAAUAACAUAUUGGUUAUCUGUGAUACUUACACACCAGCUGGUGAGCCAAUUCCAACAAACAAACGUGCCAAAGCUGCUGAGAUCUUCAGUAACAAGAAGGUCAACGACGAGGUCCCAUGGUUUGGCAUUGAACAAGAGUACACUUUACUUCAGCCAAACGUAAACUGGCCUUUGGGUUGGCCCGUUGGAGCGUAUCCUGGUCCUCAGGGUCCUUACUACUGUGGAGUUGGAGCUGAGAAGUCUUGGGGACGUGACAUUUCAGAUGCUCAUUACAAAGCUUGUUUAUAUGCUGGAAUUAACAUUAGUGGUACUAAUGGUGAAGUUAUGCCAGGACAGUGGGAAUUCCAAGUUGGCCCAAGCGUAGGAAUCGAAGCAGGUGAUCAUGUUUGGUGUGCUAGAUACCUUCUUGAGAGAAUCACAGAACAAGCUGGUGUUGUUCUAACACUUGAUCCCAAACCAAUAGAUGGUGACUGGAACGGUGCUGGUUGCCAUACCAAUUACAGUACAAAAAGCAUGAGAGAGGAAGGAGGAUUUGAGGUGAUAAAGAAAGCGAUCUUGAACCUCUCCCUUCGUCACAUGGAGCACAUUAGUGCCUAUGGUGAAGGCAAUGAGAGAAGAUUGACCGGGAAGCACGAGACAGCUAGUAUCGACCAGUUCUCAUGGGGUGUGGCUAACCGUGGAUGCUCGAUUCGUGUGGGGCGUGAUACAGAGAAGAAAGGAAAAGGUUACUUGGAAGAUAGGCGUCCAGCAUCAAACAUGGACCCAUACAUUGUGACCUCACUUUUGGCUGAGACCACUCUUCUUUGGGAGCCAACCCUUGAGGCUGAAGCACUUGCAGCUCAGAAGCUUUCUUUGAAUGUUUAAAUUAGUCCGAUGAACACAAAUGUCUAUGUGGUCGUGGCGGGAUCAUAAAUGCUGUUUAAAACAUUGGUUCGGAUUAAGACAUUCAAUUUGUUGACUUUUUUUUCAUUUUCAUUGUUGAAACUCGCUUUAUGGAUAAUGUUCACCCUUUUGUAUUUGGUUCUUAAGACUUUCCUAGUCAUUAUGGCUAAUGUGAGUUUAUAUAUGGUUUCAAAUAAACACUCUGAGUUGCAGAGAGGGUUUGAAUAACUGCAAGCUAAAGAGGAGGUUUCAACUCAUAAACUUCUCCUACUAGUGAAGCAAGAUUGAUAUCUCUCGAUAACUGUUAUGUCGAAUUGUAGUUUUGGUUAAGAAAUUAGUUAGCUACCGGUUAAGUUAGCUGGUUGAGUUGUUCAUCUUGUAUAUAAACAGAAGAAAAUGUAUUGAGAACUUUUGAUGAGAAUAUACAGUUUUAUCUAUUUC